GCCGCCCGCCGCGCCUCACUCGCACUGCUGACGUCGGGAUAAGUGCACGUGCCCGUCGACACUAUGGAAUAUAUUAAAACACUGUUAAUGCUAUCGCUAUGCGCGGGCGGUUUUGCCGGCGAAUCGCUCAGUGAUGCAUUACAACGGAGACGAGACGCGCACCCCGUGUACGCCAGGCAGUAUGCCGAGGACUACGAGCCCUACGCGUACGCCGCCAUCCCGCUGCACGCGCCGAUGCCCAUCGUGCACCUCCUGUCACCGACGCCCAUCAACAAGUACAUCCAAAACCAUAAACAACGCAACCGACCACCGGCAGACAGAGAUCUCGAAGCUUACGGCUCCACGCAAACCGAGGAAUAUGAACCGUACGACUAUAAUAACUACGCGUACAGCCCGAACAGCCACAAGUACUCUAACUCCUUGUCAAACGAGGAAGAAUCUCAACCUGUGGUGAUAUACGCGCGGCCGAACAAAAAUGGGGGCUACACGUAUCGCAAGCGACCCUCCUCUGUGACCCAGACGCCGCGCCCCAAACGAGAGCCGAUCGUCUUCAGAAUACACAAAUAUAAAAUUAUCAAGGAUUUACGCAAGUGAUUUUUAUAUAACAUGGAUGGUGCGACGCGAAAAUUUCAAAUGCAAAAACCGUCAGUUUCAUAGUGAUCCGUUUUGACUGGAGUAUUAAUUGAUAAUGCGUUAAUAGCUCUUCAGGUCUCAAGUCUUUCCUCAAGUUAUACUAUAGUAUCUAUUAUAUUAUCUGUGGUUGUACACAGAAUGAAGAAUCGAUUGGAAUCGUAGACAGAGAAACGAU